AUUCGCCCAGUAGGCGCCCUCGACCUGUUCGGUCCUCGUCUUCAGUGAGAUAGACCUUUAAGUGUCACGUGACUCCCCUCGGGCUUUCCCCGCCUCUUUCCCCUCCCCAGGCCCAGGCGAGCGCUGGUGUGGACGGGAAGCUCCCGGCCCGGCGAACUAACUGGAGCACGGACGCUGCAGCCGGUUGGGCCGGUGUACUUUCCCGGUAACUCCUUCCCGGCGUGACGCGCGGAACCGCGGACGCGGCGGGGCCAGGCCGACUCAGGGAUUUCCCCUCUGGAAAGGAAGAGAAAUGGAAGUGAGAAAGUUGAGCAUUUCCUGGCAGUUCUUGAUAGUUCUGGUUCUGAUCCUGCAAAUUCUGUCUGCGUUGGAUUUUGACCCAUACAGAGUCCUAGGGGUCAGCCGAACAGCCAGUCAGGCUGAUAUUAAAAAGGCUUAUAAGAAGCUCGCCCGGGAAUGGCAUCCUGACAAAAACAAAGAUCCUGGAGCAGAAGACAAGUUCAUUCAAAUCAGUAAGGCUUACGAGAUUCUUUCAAAUGAAGAAAAGAGAUCAAAUUAUGAUCAAUAUGGAGACGCUGGAGAGAACCAGGGCUACCAGAAGCAGCAACAGCAGCGAGAGUAUCGCUUCCGCCAUUUCCAUGAAAAUUUUUAUUUUGAUGAAUCCUUUUUUCACUUCCCUUUUAAUUCUGAACGGCGGGACUCAAUUGACGAAAAGUAUUUAUUGCACUUUUCACAUUACGUGAAUGAAGUGGUUCCGGAUAGCUUCAAGAAACCCUACCUCAUCAAGAUCACCUCUGAUUGGUGCUUUAGCUGCAUUCAUAUCGAGCCUGUGUGGAAAGAAGUUGUUCAAGAACUGGAAGAAUUGGGUGUAGGAAUUGGCGUGGUCCAUGCUGGGUAUGAGAGGCGCCUGGCCCAUCACCUAGGGGCACACAGCACGCCCUCUAUCCUAGGAAUCAUUAACGGGAAAAUCUCCUUCUUCCACAAUGCAGUUGUCCGUGAAAACCUGAGACAAUUUGUAGAAAGUCUUCUUCCAGGGAACUUGGUGGAGAAAGUUACUAAUAAAAAUUAUGUCAGAUUCCUCUCUGGCUGGCAGCAAGAGAAUAAGCCUCAUGUCCUUCUGUUUGACCAAACGCCCGUUGUGCCACUGUUAUACAAGUUGACUGCCUUUGCAUACAAAGAUUAUUUAUCAUUUGGAUAUGUAUAUGUGGGUUUGAGAGGGACGGAAGAGAUGACGAGGCGGUACAACAUCAAUAUCUACGCCCCUACCCUCUUGGUCUUUAAAGAACAUAUAAACAAGCCUGCCGAUGUUAUCCAGGCCCGAGGUAUGAAGAAGCAAAUCAUUGACGACUUCAUCACCCAAAACAAAUAUCUAUUGGCAGCCAGGCUCACCAGCCAGAAGUUGUUCCAUGAACUCUGCCCUGUGAAACGGUCACAUCGACAGAGGAAGUACUGUGUGGUUUUAUUGACUGCUGAGACUACCAAGUUGAGCAAACCCUUUGAGGCUUUCCUGUCCUUUGCCCUGGCAAACACACAAGACACAGUGAGAUUUGUGCAUGUCUACAGCAAUCGGCAGCAGGAGUUUGCCGACACCUUACUGCCAGACAGUGAGGCGUUUCAAGGGAAAUCAGCGGUGUCUAUUUUAGAAAGGCGCAACACAGCAGGAAGGGUGGUGUAUAAAACCCUGGAAGACCCUUGGGCUGGGAGUGAGAGUGACAAAUUUAUCCUCUUGGGCUAUCUCGACCAGCUGCGUAAAGAUCCAGCUCUUCUGUCCUCUGAAGCAGUGCUUCCCGACCUGACCGAUGAACUUGCCCCUGUUUUUCCCCUUCGAUGGUUCUACUCUGCUUCUGACUACAUCUCAGACUGCUGGGAUAGCAUUUUUCACAACAACUGGCGGGAAAUGAUGCCCCUGCUCUCCCUGAUCUUCUCUGCCCUCUUCAUCCUCUUCGGCACUGUCAUCGUUCAGGCUUUCAGCGACUCGAAUGAUGAGCGAGAGUCAAGCCCUCCAGAUAAAGAGGAAGCCCAAGAGAAGACUGGGAAGACUGAGCCAAGCUUCACCAGAGAAAACAGCAGCAAGAUUCCUAAAAAAGGCUUUGUGGAGGUAACUGAACUCACAGAUGUAACAUACACCAGUAACUUGGUACGUCUGAGGCCAGGCCACAUGAAUGUGGUCCUCAUCCUGUCGAAUUCUACCAAGACCAGCCUACUACAGAAAUUUGCUUUGGAGGUCUACACAUUUACUGGGAGCAGCUGCCUACACUUCUCCUUCCUGAGUCUAGAUAAACACAGAGAAUGGCUAGAAUACUUAUUAGAAUUUGCUCAAGAUGCAGCUCCGAUCCCAAACCAAUAUGAUAAGCAUUUCAUGGAGCGUGACUACACUGGUUAUGUACUGGCUCUGAAUGGCCACAAGAAAUACUUCUGCCUCUUCAAGCCCCAAAAAACAGUCGAAGAGGAGGAAGCCAUAGGGUCGUGCAGUGAUGUUGACUCUUCCCUCUACCUGGGUGAAUCUCGAGGGAAACCUUCCUGUGGCCUUGGAUCCAGGCCCAUCAAAGGAAAGUUGAGCAAGCUUUCUUUAUGGAUGGAACGCCUGCUGGAGGGCUCCUUACAGAGGUUUUAUAUCCCAUCAUGGCCUGAACUAGACUGAGAGGAUUUUCAAAAGAGAUUUGAACUCUGAAAUUCAGACUUUUUAACAGGUAUUUUCAGGACUCAAACUACCACAAUGAACAGAGUAUAGAUUUUAGAUUGCUCUUCUAGAACCAUGGCUAGAAGAAUCUUUCCUUUGUCCUGUUCUAACCUAGGAAUGAAAAACACCACCAGUUUGAAUCCCCUAGAUCAAAAUCUUUUCCUCUGGGUUUUAUUUUUCCCCACUGAAUGCCACACCAUUGAAAAUAGACUGCUCAUCCCCUCUUCCUUUCUUGUCCCUGUCCCAUGCUCACCGCACCCUCCUGUCCUGUGUCUUGGAGAAGCACAGGGCUCCACCCUGCAAGCGGCGUCUGGCGGACCCUCAUGAGCCUGUCGUGCAGGCCGGGUCAUUGGCCCCUUCCCCAAUCCCGGCCCUGCUGUGCUGCUGCCAUGGCGCAUGCUCCUAACCCUGAACAACCCACAGCAGCUUCUAGCCCUACAUCUGGAAAAAGGCCCCUUUCCAAGCAAUCUCACAUUUACUGGUUGUUCUGGGAGUAAGUGGCUAAACGUAUAUUUUGGGGGUAUCCCCCAACAACAGUUUGUUGGCCACAGUUUGAAAAGGAAAGGAAUAAAUGGGAGUUCUGCAUGUGAGUUCUCAAGAAAAGGAAAGGGAGGCUGAGCAGUGGCUGAAGUGAUGCAGCCUUGAGACACGCUGUGAGCAUCCUAUCCGCCGCUCCAGCGCUGCUGGUAGCCAGGGGAGGGGUCUACACAGCGAGAAGUACUGUGAUGACUUUGAGCCGUUGACAUGUAUGUUUUCAGAUGCCUUUCUGCCUCUAUCGAUUUUAGGGUAUGGAUAUUAGGAGCCAUAACUUGUAAUCUUGUUCUCUGAACGUAGAGAUAAGCUGCUAUAAAGCCAGUAGAUGUUAAACUGAAGAGAAAUGAUUCCCACCUGCUAUGAGUCAGGCUCAAGGAACCUCUUCAAUAGUGUCUCUUUAGUAAAAUACCAAACAUGUCUUUGUAUCAAGGAACUUAAAAUUUCUCAACAAUUGUAUUUUGAACACUGUUAGCCUAAAAGUGCUGUCUCUUCAAGUCAUCUUUUUCAGGAAGUGAGCCAAGACUUGUUCUAGACUCCCAUUUUGCAAAAGGCUUACUUUCCACUUCUGGCCUAUAUUUUGAUGUCUCAUCUUCAUUGUUUUCACUCUUAACUUAGAGCUGCUUCACCAGUAUUGGGGUCAGACUGGCCAUCAGCACCUGAGCAUGCUGAGCUCCAGGUAUAGUGGACCCCAGGCUGGCUCAUACCAGCCAGUUAGAGAGCAUACCUUUUAUUUUUCAGGGUAGAAUGACCAAUGGUUCUGAGUUUGAGUUUGGACAGCUUCAAAGAGUGGUCCGUUCAAAUGUCAAAGCAAGGUGCCUUUGGUGGCUUUCUGAAGGGUGAAAAUCAGUGAUGGGACAUUUACUAAGUUAGUUUUUUGUUUGUUUGUUUUUGUUGUUGUUUUUUAUUUUUUUAUUUUUUUUGAGACAGAGUUUCACUCUUGUUGCUCAGGCUGGAGUGAAAUGGUGCAAUCUUGGUUCACCACAACCUCCACAUCCCAGGUUCAAGCAAUUCUCCUGCCUCAGCCUCCUGAGUAGCUGGGAUUACAGGUAUGUGCCACCAUGUAAUUAGCCCGGCUAAUUGUGUAUUUUUAGUAGAGACAGGGUUUCUCCAUGUUGAUCAGGCUGGUCACGAACUCCUGACCUCAGGUGAUCCGCCUGCCUCAGCCUCCCAAAGUGCUGGGAUUACAGGCAUGAGCCACUACGCCCAGCUAAGUUACUAUUUCUUUAAUCAUAAUGCUUUAAACUAAGCCACUUGGAUCCUGAAUAAUUUAAAUCUUGAGCUACAUUGGUAACUAAUAAAUUAUUUAAGGCCAGGAAUUCCUAUAGUUUUCAUGGAAUCAUAGCUUUAUUAAAAAAUAAAGAAAUCACUGCCAGGCUUCAUUCUUCCAUAUGAUCCUCUAAAAAUGGACACUUCCUCUGAAUGCUGUAUCUCAUGGCACCUGGUCCAACUAGAAAUGGUCAAGGAAUUCAUUUGGCUCCUUGAUACAUCAGUCCUCAAAAUUACUUUCUGGCUCUUUUAUGGCCAGAUUGCUUAUAUGAGUAGUCUUUUGGUUUGGUAGUAGGUUUUUAUUUUUAAUUUCUGUACUAAUGAAAUUCCUGACUUUAAUUUCUGAAAACCAAAAACUCUCCAAGUAUAUUUAUUUAUAUAUUUUUUUAAUGGAGACGAGGUCUUGCUAUGUUGCCCAGGCUGGUCCCAAACUCCUGGCCUCAAGCAGUCCUUCCACCUUGGCCUCCCAAAGUGCUGGGAUUAUCAAUAUGAGCCACCAUGCCAGAUUUGUUCAUUUUAAAAAAUUUUUAUCUCUUCAAGUCAUCUUUUGAUCUUUUAAAAAGCACCUUCAAACAGCUGCACCUUCCAUUUGCACUAGGAAACGAAAGUAGUGAUGGGAUUGGCAAUGUUUCUGGCAGAUGUUUUAGCCCCAAAAAGUCUUCUACAGACCGGUUUAGAGCUGGUGCCCUAUGAGAAUAUUAGGGAGCUUUUAUUUUAAUUUGAACUUUACCCUUGUCCAUGCAAGGCAUUCCUCCUGAAUGCAUCCAUGAAUUUACUUUUGUGUCAAACGUAUGAGCCAUUGUCAUGUUCAGCCUGUGCCACCAUUGCUGUGUCUGAGGUAUGUAAUCAUACAAGACCCGAUUUUGGUUCUAACACAGUGGUCUUUGACUAUCAACAUUGAUGUUUUUAGAGAUGGGUUCUUCUGGUUGAUACAGACUAUGCAUCGCAUUUAGCAGAUGGGGUAAAACUGGCCUAAAACAAGCCUUUGCAGAAUACAUGCCAAUUUAAAAAAAAAAAAAAUUUAUUGCUCAGGUGUUGGUUGCACAAUUUUUAUCUAACACUGAGGCUAUCAGCUCCAACUAAACAUUUCAGUGGGUGAGGCUGCCCUAACUUCCAUUAGGGGCCAUGGUCUCACUGCCAUCACUUAUUAGCCAUGAGAAUUUGGUUGUAGUUUUCAGGUAGGUUGGUUUCUUCCUCAUUUGCAACUUGUUGAUACUUGUUCCCUUUUAUUUAUUAACAUCCCAAUCAAUUUGCAGCUGCCAUCAUUACAUAAAUAUUUUUCUGUUAUAAAAAGAAGUGUGAUCUGUUUUUUUAGUGAUUUCCUUUGUUUGGGAAUAGAGAUUGGAAGCACAUACUCAGACCUGUUUUAUUAACUAGAAUUCUUUAAAAGCUGAUGCCAAACAUCUUUACAGAUGAACUGUAGUUCACAUCCACCUGUCUGACAUUGUCCCCUAAAAACAAGUGCACUGUGGCAGCUGCUGAAUCUGUCUGUUCAGUUUGUCAAGGAGGAUGAUUAUACUUGGGAGAGAUGUGAAAAGAAGGUGAAUAUUUUGCACUUUUGAUACUCUUAGGAACAAAUAACUUAUUUGGCAAAUUGUUUCUUUUUUAUGUUUUGGGUGUUGUUUUUGUUUUUUGACUUUUUUUGUAUUGUGAACAGGCACUGAAGCUGAUGUUAUUUUAAGAUUACAGAAUGGAAAAAGAAAUAAACUAUUUUAAUGUGUGAUAA